GGCCCCGCCUCCUCCUUCUCCUCCGUCUCCGUGCUCCUCAUCAGCUCUGUAGUUACCUGUCUCUCUCCACCGCUCCUGCUACAUUUUAAUCUGUAUUUAAUCUAAUCAGCGCGCUCUGGUCGCGGGGAUCGUGUGUGUGGAGCAUGGCGUUCACUCUGCAGGGCACCAAGAAGAAAGUCUGCUAUUAUUAUGACGGUGAUAUUGGGAAUUACUACUACGGUCAAGGCCACCCUAUGAAACCCCACCGUAUUCGCAUGACUCACAACCUCCUGCUGAACUAUGGUCUCUACCGCAAGAUGGAGAUUUAUCGUCCCCAUAAAGCCACAGCUGAUGAGAUGACGAAGUACCACAGUGACGAUUAUAUAAAGUUUCUGCGCUCCAUCCGACCUGACAACAUGUCCGAAUUCAGCAAGCAGAUGCAGCGCUUUAAUGUAGGGGAGGACUGUCCGGUGUUUGAUGGGCUGUUUGAGUUCUGUCAGCUCUCUACAGGAGGAUCAGCAGCUGGUGCUGUGAAGCUGAAUAGGCAGCAAACGGAUAUUGCUGUAAAUUGGGCAGGUGGACUGCACCACGCUAAGAAAUCAGAGGCAUCGGGUUUCUGCUACGUAAACGACAUUGUACUGGCCAUCCUGGAACUGCUGAAGUACCACCAAAGGGUGCUGUAUAUUGAUAUUGAUAUUCAUCAUGGCGACGGGGUGGAAGAGGCUUUCUACACCACUGACCGCGUGAUGACUGUCUCCUUCCACAAAUAUGGAGAAUACUUUCCCGGAACUGGAGACCUGCGGGAUAUCGGAGCAGGCAAAGGGAAAUACUAUGCCGUUAAUUUUCCUCUGAGAGACGGAAUUGAUGACGAGUCAUAUGAGCAGAUCUUCAAGCCGGUAAUGGCUAAAGUGAUGGAGAUGUAUCAGCCCAGCGCUGUGGUUCUGCAGUGUGGAGCAGAUUCCCUUUCUGGUGACCGACUGGGCUGCUUCAACCUCACUAUCCGUGGUCAUGCCAAAUGCGUAGAGUACAUGAAGUCGUUUAAUCUGCCGCUGCUGAUGCUGGGAGGGGGAGGGUACACUAUUCGUAACGUGGCACGCUGCUGGACCUACGAGACUGCUGUGGCUCUCGACACAGACAUCCCUGAUGAGCUGCCAUAUAAUGACUACUUUGAGUACUUUGGGCCAGACUUUAAACUGCACAUCAGCCCAUCCAACAUGACCAACCAGAACACACAGGAGUACAUGGACAAGAUCAAGCAGAGGUUAUUUGAGAAUCUGCGGAUGCUGCCACAUGCUCCCGGGGUUCAGAUGCAGGCCAUUCCAGAGGAUAGCCUUCCAGACGAUACGGUGGAUGAGGACACUGAGGAUCCAGACAAACGCAUGUCCAUCCGUGCAUCUGAUAAGAGGAUAGCAUGUGAUGAAGAGUUCUCGGACUCUGAGGAUGAGGGAGAAGGUGGGAGGAGGAAUGUGACCAAUCACAAGAAAGGAGCCAAACGAGCUCGAGUGGAGGACGAGAAGAAGGAGGGAGAAGAAAAGAAAACUGAGGUAAAGGAGGAGGAGAAGUCUAAGGAGAGCAGCUCGGAAAAACACGAGUCUAAAAGUGUGAAGACUGACCAGACAAGCAGCACCUGAAACCACCACCAGAGGGUGCACAGAUGUGUCUGUUUAUCUCUGUCUCUGUUUCUCUCUCUCUCUCUUUCUCUCAGCACCCCAACCACACCCCAUACCCCUCCACCGGACUACACACUCAUUAGCAUUAUAUUUAUUACCCAGUGUGUGUGUGUGCGCGAGCGUGCAUGUCUGUCUGUGUGAGUGGGUGGAUGGGUGUGUGUGUGUGUGUGUGCUUGUGUUUUUCAUCUUUCUGAUCCAGUUCUGUGUCCAGAUGUUUUUCAAUAACCAUGUAGGAGUCCCUCCAGAUCAGCAGGGGUGCUUAUGUCUUUGUUUUUUAUUUUUAAUAGAACGUUUGUACUGAUAUUUUAGAAAAUAUGUGGAUGUUCAUUUUGAAAACACAUGGUGACUAUUUCAAAUUUCUUUAAAUUGCAUAUUUUGUAUUUGCAUAUUAAACUGUUUUAUACUA